UCCCCACCAGGGAAAGUAACAGCUGCAGUGAUGGCUGCUAUUGAUGCUGGAUACCGUCACUUUGAUUGUGCCUAUGUGUACCAAAAUGAAAAUGAAGUUGGGGAUGGGAUCCAGCAGAAAAUAAAGGAAGGUGUUGUGAAACGAGAGGACCUCUUCAUUGUCAGUAAGCUGUGGUGCACGUUUCAUGAGAAGCCUCUAGUGAAGGGAGCCUGCCAGAAGACCCUUGCUGCCCUGAAGCUGGAUUACCUGGAUCUCUACCUCAUCCACUGGCCUCUUGGUUUUAAGGCAGGAGAGGAGCUCUUUCCCACAGAUGACAAAGGCAUGUCAAUACCCAGCAACACAGAUAUUCUGCAUACAUGGGAGGCCAUGGAGGAGCUGGUGGAUGCUGGUCUGGUAAAAGCCAUUGGUAUUUCCAACUUCAACCAUGAGCAGAUUGAAAGAAUCCUGAACAAGCCAGGGCUGAAAUACACACCUGCAAAUAACCAGAUCGAAUGUCAUCCAUACCUUACCCAGGAGAAGCUGAUCAAGUACUGUCACAGCAAAGGGAUUGCUGUGACAGCGUACAGUCCCCUUGGCUCUCCUGACAGGCCAUGGGCUAAGCCAGAGGAUCCUUCCCUUCUGGAUGACCCCAAGAUCAAAGAGAUUGCAGCCAAGCACAACAAAACCCCAGCACAGGUUCUCAUUCGGUUCCAGAUCCAGAGAAAUGUGAUUGUGAUUCCCCAGUCUGUCACACCACAGCGCAUUGUGGAGAACUUCAAGGUAUUUGACUUUGAAUUGACUAAAGAGGAGAUGGCAACCAUUCUCAGCUUUAACAGAAACUGGAGAGUCUGUGCAAUGAGCACGUGCAAAACUCACAAGGACUACCCUUUCAAUGCAGAAUACUGAAGAUAGUUUCCUGCCUUUCUCCAGACUUCUCUGAUGUGCUUCUGCUGUUGCCUAUGAGUUGUCGACACAGCUUUCGCACUGCGUCAGACACUCCCUCCUCUUUUUCUUUCCCCCCUGACAAAGAUGCAGUAUAUGUACUAGGUGACUUUGUGUUGUUUUCCUUUUUUGGAAGAACGAAAUGCUAAAAUGGUUCUGAAGAACA